AAGCUAAAGUGACGAAAUUAAAAUUCGUUCGGCACGUGCUCCGAACUUCGGGCGUUCACAGGACCAGCAGAAGGUGCUGGACUCGUUCCAACUGCGCUGCGUAUCCUCACUCCUGUCUGUGCGUUAAGGGGCAAACCUGACUGGAGCAUCAUCUGUCCCGCAUCACCUGCCCAGACCGGACGGCGACAGGCAGCCACACUGCUCUUCCCGACCCGUCUCAGCCGAACGUGAGGAGACUUGAGGAGUCAAACCCCACGCUUGCUGUCCGCGCGACGGAUUAAUUCGACAUCCGUAAAAUGGUGUUUGCUUUUAUCACGUUGCUGUGCGGUCUAGGCGCAGUGGGAUGCCUUCCCUUGUCUGCAAUUAAAAAUGAGAAGGUUACCGACUGUGUGAUGGAGGUUCCAUCGGGCUCUCAGAACGGGGACGGCAAAGAGCUGCAGGUCGCCUGUUCCACCAAACUGCAGUCAGAUGAUGCAGCACAGCGACACCAGGGCUUGUUGAAAGAGCUGCAGGAGCUUGCUCAGAACGAGAAGGAAAAAGAGAAGGAAUACCAGAGAGAGAACAAAAUGGAGACUGAGAAAAACAAAAUGGAGGGCGAGAGUGAAGGGGGCGAGGAGUCUGUGUACACCAAGGCCGAGGUGAUAGAAGAAAAUAAACAAGGUGACCCAGAGGAGAGACCAGUGGAGGAAGUGAUAGAGGAACACCGGCUGGAGGUGAGGAAACGGGAGGAUGAGGAGGACAGAGAGCUGGAAAAGCUGCUUGAGGAGGAAUUAAAAAAGAGGGGGAGUGAGAAAAGGAGUGGCAGGGAUGACGCAGAAGAGUUGGAAGACCUGAAAAAGAAGAGGAGUCAUACCAAGAAGGAAGAUGAGUUGGAGGAGUUGCUUGAGGAGGAAAUGAGAAAGAGAGGGACGGAGAAGAGGAGUCACAGACAGGAGGUAGAGGAGUUACUGGAAGACCUGAAAAACAGAAAGAGUAAGACUCAUAAGGAGGAGGAGUUGGAGGAGUUGCUUGAGGAGGAGAUUAGAAAGAGGGGGACAGAGAAAAGGAGUCACAGAGAGGAGAUAGAGGAGUUCCUGGAAGACCUGAAAAAGAGGAGUAAGACUCAAAAGGAGGAGGAGUUGGAGGAGUUGCUUGAGGAGGAGAUUAGAAAGAGGGGGACACAGAAAAGGAGUCACAGAGAGGAGAUAGAGGAGUUCCUAGAAGACCUGAAAAAGAGGAGUAAGACUCAGAAGGAGGAGGAGUUGGAGGAGUUGCUUGAGGAGGAGAUUAGAAAGAGGGGGACAGAGAAAAGGAGUCACAGACAGGAGGUAGAGGAGUUACUGGAAGACCUGAAAAACAAAAGAGUUAAGACUCAUAAGGAGGAGGAGCUGGAGGAGUUGCUUGAGGAGGAAAUGAGAAAGAGAGGGACAGAGAAAACGAGUCACAGACAGGAAGUAGAGGAGUUACUGGAAGACCUCAAAAGGAGGAAGAGUAAGACUCGGAAAGAAGAGGAGCUGGAGGAGUUGCUUGAGGAGGAAAUGAGAAAGAGAGGGACGGAGAAAAGGGGAGAUGAGGUAGAGGAGUUGCUGGAAGACCUGAAAAAGAAAAGGAGCGAGGCCAAGAAGGCAGAAGAGGAGGAGGAGGAUGAAAGGAAGCGAGGGAGUGAGAAAAGGUCUGACAGCGAGUUUGAGAGAAAACGGAGUGAGGGCAGCAAGAAGAAUAAAGUACAGUUUUUGGAAGAUGAGAAAAAUCGAGAAAGGAAACUAAAGGAACUACUUGAAGAGAUGGAGGAUAAAAAGAGGACGAGUCACACAGAAGAAGAGCUGCAAGAGCUGAUGAAAGAGCUGAAUCACGUGGAAGAGAAUGAGGGAGAGAGGGAGGGGGGAGAGAGAGAGGUCAUAAGGGAGAGGGAAAGAGAGCUGGAGGAGCUGAAGAAGAAAGAGAGGGAGGAAGAGAUGGCGAGCAAGAUGGAGCUGGAGAGAGAGAGGGAGUGGAAGCGGAAGAGUGAGGAGGAGAGAGAGCCACAGAAGAAGCGCGUGCUGGAGAAGGCCUCGGAUGAAGCCACCCAUCAGUUCGACAGAGAGUUCUUUCACAGCCACCACCCAGAGAAAGAUCUGGAAGAGAAAGAGGAGGAGGACGAAGAGAAGGCAGACCGAAAGGAGCUGUUGGAGAUCGAGGCAGGGCUGCGCAGAGUGGCUGCGGAACUGCAGGAGCUGCGCCGAGGCUGAGUGAUGACUGGAACAGGCGCUGCACAAUACGCACUGAUAAACACUGACAUACACUGAUAAACACUGAUAAACACUGACAUACACUGAUAAACACUGAUAAACACUGACAUACACUGAUAAACACUGAUAAACACUGACAUACACUGAUAAACACUGAUAAACACUGACAUACACUGAUAAACACUGAUAAACACU